UGUGCCCUGUUCUCCCUGCUCUGCCGAACUUGGCGUGUCAGUCUUUUCACUUUCAAAGGAUUCAAAUUCACUACCAUGUCUUCUGAAGAAGGAAAACUCUUUGUGGGAGGACUGAACUUUAAUACCGAUGAGCAGGCACUUGAAGACCACUUCAGUAGCUUCGGGCCUAUUUCUGAAGUGGUGGUUGUCAAGGACAGGGAGACUCAACGGUCCCGAGGUUUUGGCUUCAUCACCUUCACCAACCCAGAACAUGCCUCAGAUGCCAUGAGAGCCAUGAAUGGAGAGUCCCUGGAUGGUCGCCAGAUCCGAGUGGACCAUGCAGGCAAGUCUGCCCAGGGCACCAGAGGGGGUGCUUUUGGGGGCCAUGGACGUGGUUGCAGCUACUCUAGAGGUGUCGGGGACCAGGGAUAUGGGAGUGGCAGAUAUGACACUCGGCCUGGAGGAUAUGGAUAUGGAUAUGGACGCUCCAGAGAUUACAGUGGCAGCCAGGGUGGUUAUGACCGCUACUCAGGAGGAAAUUACAGAGACAAUUACGACAACUGAGAUGAGACAUGCGCACAUAUGUAGAUACACAAGGAAUAACACUUCUGAUCCAGGAUCAUCCUUCCAAAUUGCUGUAUUUAUAAAGAUUUUUGGAGCUGUGUUGAAACAUCUGUUUUA